UAGUGCACAAGAAUAUCAUUCUAAUUUUUUUUAUUAUUUUGUAUUACAAUAUGAAUAACAGUAUUAAUAUUAUGAGUGAAUUAAGUAUGAAUGAUUUAAAUAGUAAAUUUUUCGAGAUAAUGCAAAAUGAAACUAAUGCCGAGGAUGCAGCCAACUUUAUAUACGAGAGUGUUUGUGACGAUGUAACUUUAGGGGUGCUAUUUGAAUUUCACCACGGAUUAAAAACAGGCCUUACGGAUCUGUUAGAAGGGGAAAAGGAAGAAGAAGAGGGAUACAAAAUAGUUAAUUCUCCAGAAUGCGACGUUUUCGGAUUUUCAAUAUUGAAAAAGACCCCAGACUCGAAUUGUUCGUGUCCAAAUUGCGACAGGCCCGUUUCGGCUACGAGAUUCGCUCCACAUCUGGAAAAAUGCAUGGGGAUGGGCCGCAACAGUUCACGUAUAGCGUCGCGGCGCAUUGCGUCUAACAGCCGCGAGCCGACCUCGUACGCAGGGCUCCUCAGUGACGAUGAAGACGAUGCGGAUUGGUCCGGUGGCUCCUUGCAGAGCGACCGCAGGAAGCGCAGGAUGAAAAACAACCAUAACAAACGUUCCAGUAAAAGUCACAAGGGUCAUAGGAAUAACAACGGCCAUCACAAUUCCGACUCAAAUGAUGGGGGAGCUACGUAUGAAACAAUGUCAGCCAAUGAGAAGAAGAACCUACUGCUACAAAUCUGUGGAGUUGUUUCUGAACAUACUAAAAAACUAUGUACCAGAUCAACCCGAUGUCCACAACACACAGAAGAACAGCGUCGAGCUUUAAGGAACAGCGUUCUAGAACCUUCCACCCCAGAGUCCCAGACAAUGGGCCUAACAGCUGACGAAGCAGGAUCCCCACCAGACUCGAGCCCUUCAUCUUCCUGCUCAUCCUCUAGUCGCAAACGUGACAGGCAUCGCGCUCCUCCAAAGAUGAAGAAUAAGAGAGAUAGGAACAUGUCGCCAAAUGGUAGGGAUUGAACGGCUAAAUUAAUUUCGUAGAAUUAAAGCAUUAAUGCCCAUUGUUUUGGAAAUCCAUACACGAAGUAGUAAAAGAGAAAAAUGUAAAACAGCUGAACAGAUUACAUCAACCGUAUGGUUGAUUAUUAAGAACCAUUUAAACCAGAUUUUGAAUAUUUAAAUUACGUUGUAAUAGUUGUUUAGGAGCUAUGAUGCCAUAAACUAACAAAAACAGACAGACGCACAUUAAGCUUUUAAAAAUAUGAAACAGUAACAGUAACAGCCUGUAAAUGUCCCACUGCUGGGCUAAGGCCUCCUCUCCCUUUUUUGAGGAGAAGGUUUGGAGCUUAUUCCACCACGCUGCUCCAGUGCGGGUUGGUAGAAUACA